AGUAGAGGUACUCCUCCGUUACAUUAAUUUCAAAGCUUUUUAUCAAUGGGAAAUUGUGCUUGCUUUGGUAGUAAACACGAGACACCUCAGGAGCCCACCAACGCAGCAGCAGCGCCGACAAGGCAGCCUAAGGGAGCCAGUGGUGCAACUGAACAAGGUGCCUCAGCAGCAGAAGCAGCUGGUGCUGAUCAGCGACAAGGCGGCUCUACAGCAACUGGUGUUGAUAAAAGUGCCGCCAGUGGUGAAGUAGCGGGUACUACCGCAGAAGGUGCUGGUCGUGAGAAAAGGGCACCUUUCAAGUGCGAGAAUGGCGCCAUAUAUACUGGUGAGUGGUCGGGCAAUUCCCGGGAUGGGUACGGAGUUCAAGUGUGGCCUGAUGGUGCUAAGUAUGAUGGAGAAUGGAAGAGCGAUAAGGCUUGUGGGAAGGGUAAGUUCACUCAUGCUGAUGGUGAUAUCUACGAUGGUGAGUGGAAGGAUGACAGGGCUGAUGGUCAGGGUACUUACUAUCAUGCCGAUGGCAGCAAGUAUACAGGACAGUGGAAGGAUGAUAAGCAGGAUGGCUUUGGUCGUGAAGAUUGGCCUGAUGGAGCCAAGUAUGAAGGGGAGUAUAAGAAUGGCAAAAAGGAUGGACACGGUCGCUUCUCAUGGACAGAUAACUCCGUUUACGAGGGCACAUUCGUUAACAACGACAUAGAAGGUUAUGGAACCUAUAGUUGGGGUGAUGGCCGUAAGUAUGAAGGUGAAUGGAAGGAUAACCGAAUGCACGGCAAGGGAACAUUCAUUUGGGUUGAUGGACGGAAAUACGAAGGCCAGUAUGUGAAUGACCAGAAGGACGGUCAAGGCGUGUUCACGUGGCCGGAUGGUCGCCGAUACGAAGGUGGCUGGAAGGCUGGCAAGCAGAAUGGACGUGGCAUUUAUCGAACAGCCAAGGGAGAGGUCCGAGAGGGUGAGUGGGAAGAUGGUCACAGGGUACGAUGGCUAGGCCCCCCUCAUGCCGCUGGAAGCACUACCGCCGAGGCCCCUAAGGAAGCCUCGGCGCCAGCUGAUGCCACUGCCAAGUCCGGUGAUAAUGAUACUCAACAGCAGCAGUAAAAAGAAUGCAAUGUAGAAUUUGAGGGCUGAAGUAUGUUAACCUGAAUUCCAAUUUUCCGCAGUACAAGUCAGUGCCACAGGGUUAUCACCACCAUUUGAUUUCUGCUGCAUUGCUCUUGUAAUUACUACUGCUACUGGACUCUCUUCUGUACUUUCUGUUGCAAUGAUUUGCAUUGUGGUGAUGGUCGCCCGAGGGGGCGGCAGUGGCCUCACCUUUACGCCGCACACUUGUCAUUAUCCUUGCGGCUAGUGCGAUCACCGGAAGCAGCGAUGAUAAAUAUUGUCGAGAUUGUUGCUUUGUGCUGCG